ACCCUCACAGCUCCAGGACGCCCAGUCUCUCUGCAGCCUGCAGCCCAGACACAGCAGCCCUGACACGGACUCAGACCUCAGCCUGCUCCCUCUCCUUCUCCUGGAGCUCCGACACCUGUGCGGACUAAUGGACAGGAAACACGGAGUCCAGUUUUAAAGUGGGAAAGUUUGGAGUCUAUAGAGACAACGCCUGAAGAGAAGAGAAGAGAAGAGAAGAGAAGAGAAGAGAAGAGAAGAGAAGAGAAGAGAAGAGCCUCAGAAGAUAUCUUCAUCUUGUCUGGCCUACAAUCUUAUUUAAGAUCUCGAGGACGUCUCAGCAAACAUCAGCGUGUUUUUUUCAUCAAUUAGAAACUUUCUGUUUGACAUCUAACAGCUGACACUCUGGUGUAAUUUAACUGUUUUCUGGAUUGGCGACUUUGCCAAACACGCCACUGUCCUCUGGUGAUUUUCCUCUGACUCACUCUGAACCAGACCUUUCAUCAUCUGAGAGGUUGUGGGUUCGUCUCCUGGUUCUGAGUUCUUGGAUUUUUUUUGGAACGAUUUUCUGAAACUUAAUUGAAGCUCUGAAAGAAUUUUGCACCUUCAUUCUGUCAUCACGUCUUGUAAAGCUCAAACACCGAUCCUAAAACUGUCUGUCACAGUUAAAACCUGCGUCAUGGCCUUGUCUGUUGGUCUGUGGGUGUGUCUCUGCCUGCCGCUGCUGUUCACGGACGCAAAGAGCGUUGGACAACAUGACAGUCAGAGCGACGCCCUUGACCAACCCUCCUCCCUCGUCAAACUGGAACCUCUUUGGAUCACCAAGCAGCAGCUCAGGACCGUGGACGCCCCCAACCACAGCCUCCCCCUCCCCGAGCUGCUGGAUCUAGACGUGGACCAGCACCAUCGCCAGGCCCGCGGCGCUGAUGAGGAGGAGCAACAGUCCACUUUCAGCCAAUCCUUUGAGAAUGACUCGGUGACGGCGCCACAGGCCACUGAGUUUGACAACGGGACAAAAGUAGGAGCGGGGGAGACUGGUAAUCAUGAUGAUAACACCAAUCUCCAUGGAAACGCCUCCAGCUCUGACCACGACGCCCCGGGACUCUUCAACCCCUUCUACCCGCUGGCAGACAGCUCGUACGCGGCAUACGCUGUCCUCUUCCUGGCCGGCCUGGUGCUGGCGGUGGGCGUGGUGGGAAAUAUGGCGGUAAUGUGUAUAGUCUGGAACAACUACUACAUGAGGUCAGCCUGGAACUACCUGCUGGCCAGCAUGGCAUUCUGGGACUUCCUGGUCCUGGUGCUCUGCCUUCCUGUGGUGGUCCUAAACCAGCUCUCCCAUAGGAGGAUCCUGGGUGACAUCACCUGCCGCAUGGUGCCUUAUAUGGAGGCUGUGUCUCUGGGCAUCACCUCCUUCACCCUCUGCGCUCUGGGCAUCGAUCGUUUCCACGCCGCUACCUCCUCGUCCCAGCCGAAGGCCCGGCGGGUGGAGCGCUGCCGCACGGUGCUGCUGAAGCUGCUGCUGGUGUGGCUCGCCGCCCUGCUGUUGUCCAGCCCCGAAAUCUUCCUGUGGCAGCUUAGCCAGGCCGUGUCCCCGUCCACCGGCCGGCUGGUCGACUCUUGCACCAUCACCCCCUCCUCCCCUCUGUCCCUCUAUCUGCCCGACUCCCUCCACUCUCUGCUGCUCAGGUACCACCAGGGUCGUAUGUGGUGGUGUUUUGGCUGCUACUUCUGCCUCCCCAUCCUCUUCACCAUCCUCUGCCAGAUGGCCACGCGUAACGUCAACAACGACUCAAGUUCCACCCAGAAGCAACGUAACCAAGACGACCGCUCCUCCAAUCAGAAACGUCAGCAGCACCAGGUGGUUGAGCGCCAGCUCAACUGCACGCUGUUGGCCUUAGCGGUGGUUUACGGUGUCUGCGCUCUUCCCGAACACGUCUGCAACAUCACGCUGGCCUACACGCACAUUACGGUGUCCGAGGACACGGCCGCCAUGCUGACUCUGCUGCAUCACUUCCUGUUGUUCUUUAAGUCGUCAGUGACGCCGGUGCUGCUGCUGUGUCUGUGUAAGGCUCUGGGACAAGCCUUCAUGGACUGUUGCUGCUGCUGCUGUCAGGAGUGUCAGCCAACCACCACUCAGGGCUUGCCAAGCUCCGCCCAGGUCAAACUGAAGGCAGCCAAUGAGACGUCCAUCUUCUUCGACAAGGCUAAAGAGACGUCAGCCAUCUUGUCCAUCUCUAGCUAGAGACAUAGGUCCCUUUGUAACCUUCAGUCCACCAUGUCCUCGUCCAUGAGUAAAUCCUUUGUUUGACCCUUCAUCAUCAUCAUCCUCAUCAUCAUCAUCAUCAUCAUCAUCCUCAGUGUUAACUUGUCCUCUGUCCAAAGCUCCUCCUCCAGAACACUUGUAGACCAUCUGUCUGUCUCUCUGUCCUCUCGUCCUCCUUCAGAGUCUCCGUGUGUGAUAUCCUCUAUGGACACAGUGUUUCCCCUGCAGCUUCCUGUCUGUACAGGAAGUGAUGUUUAAUCUGUAGCGAGGUUAGAAAAGUUGCUGUUGUUGCACAACCAGCUGCUGUAAAAGCAGGAGCCUGUUUCAGGAUGCCACACAGACUCCUCCCCCCAACUUCCUGCUGUGAUGACGUACGAUCUGAAAACCGCAGACAUCCAAAGGGUUCACCUGUUUCAUGGAGAAGAAGCUGAAACAGGAAGUUACAUCAGAAACAGCAGAACAACAGUGUGUUGCAUAAACAGGGUUUCGGUUAGGGACUUUUCUUCAUUUAUCAGAGGAGGGGGCGGGGCAGCAGUGUGACUCCGCCCUCCACCAUAAAUGAGGUUUUUUUGGGGAAAAAUUUUAAACAAGAUGUAGACUGUUUUAACAUCAGAUCUGUUUUUUUUUUUUU